AUGUCUCUUGACGACGACAUUGGCGUCUACCUUGCCAGAAUGGGUCCCGACACGGUGAAAGCUCCAACCGGCGAGACGACAGUUGUGCACCACCAACCGCAACAACAACAACAACAACAACAGCAGCCAGAGAACAAUUCGACUCUGCCUGCAGCAUCAAAUAUGCAGCACGAUAUGAGCUGCCUCGGCAUGGCACCACCGCUCCCUGAGCGCAAUGCGCUCCGCCGCUCGCGAUUCCUAGACGCCCUCGUCAUGCAGGCCGCUGUGCCGUCAGAAACUGCCGAGGCUGCGUCUGUGGCCAUGGCUCCGAACACCAGCAGGCCAUCACUGCCUACGCCACACGACGUCUAUCUCUCAUCGGAAGAGGAUGCUUCGUCUGCCGGCGAUGUCUCCGAGGACGAAGAUGUGGACGAGUACAGUGGCACAAUGGAGGACGAUGGCAGCACCUGCUACGGCUUCCGUGACCAAGGGGACGACGACAUUGCCCGGCCGGACCGGCUGUCCUCCCCCGACAGCGUUCCUCGCCACGGCCCUGUUCCAGAGCCGUCUGCUCUCCCCCCUUCCACCGAAGCCACCGAUCCUGUCAACGCUGCCACCACUUCCACCACUACCAUAGCUACGGCUGUGGUUCAGCCUCGCCGCCUCCAGAACCGCGACACGGCUCGCGUCGUGUCCGUCAUCUUUUCCGGCCGGCCCUCUCUGGUCGAUCUUGCUCUGCUGCGGGAGGCUCGCCGCCGCAGUUGCAUCGACACAACCACGCAGUCCGUGCUGUCGUCGUCUGCCUCGUCUAACUCUGCCACAUCCUCUUCUUGCAUCAAUUCCACCUCGGCCUCCGAGGUCACACGCCCAUCGACGGCGAGCGACUCGCUGACGUCCGACCACAACGCUAGCAACUGCGCCCUGUCCUCUUACCGCGACCGCAGAUGUGCUAUGGAGAACGUUAGGCCCACUGAUAUCAACCUCGGAGCUACACUCGAAGCCACAAAGCGAGCAUCACAGGCUUUCCUUCUGACGGACCCUUUCGCCAACAACCACCACUCCCAUUCGCACAAGAACUCUGCAAAUGGUGCACAAUCCGCACCUCAGAAGCGCUCUUUUUCAUCCUCCCCCCCUACUAAUACAGAUUCGCCAUCGGCUUCUCAUUCAACGCCACCUUCUCAUUCAUCAUCGUCUACUCCCUCUACGCCUAGCGCCAUUCUGCGUGGUGUUACCCGUUCCCUGACCUUGAGUCGCCGCCGCAGUCGGCCAAUGCUUCUGCCGGAGGACAUGCCGGUUUCGCCUAUGCCGCCAAUGACGCCGGGAAUGGCGAAGCGUGGCAACACUGGUGGCUUUUUGGGCAACCUGGCUGGAAGGCGGCGGAGUAUGAAGGUCACUCGAUAG